GGCAACCCUGCCUUAGAGCACUUGCAGCAGCAGCCACCCUAACCCAAGAGGCACUCAAACUCACCCUACACUGCCCCCUAACGGUAUUUUCACCCCACUGUCUAUCUGAUCUCCUUACACAUAAGGCCCUGGCACACCUCUCCCCAUCACACAUACAAUUGUUCCAUCUGCUCUUUAUUGAAAAUCCUGAAAUAUCUCUCCAACUCUCCCCCAGACUCAAUCCUGCCAUGCUACUUCCACAAAUCAACCCCAAAGACACUUCACAGCCACUCUUUCACUCCUGCACUGAACUUAAAGAUAUUCUCUCUAAACCUCCAUCUAAUUUAAAGGACCUUCCCCUCACUUCCCCUGAUUUCACCCUAUUUGUAGACGGUAGCUCAGUAGUUGACUGCAGGGGCCACCGACAAGCAGCAUAUGCUGUAGUUACAUUAAACCAAACUCUAGAGACCCAGACACAACCCACAGGGACCACAUCCCAGAAGGCUGAACUCACAGCCCUCAUUAGGGCUCUCCAACUGUCCAAAAACAAAAGGGUCACAAUAUACACAGACUCAAAAUAUGCUUUCCUUAUUGCACAUACACACUCCCACUUAUGGGAAGAAAGAGGAUUCCUCACAACUAAGGGUACCCCCAUCAUCAACGGGCCACUCAUAGAGAAACCCCUUGAGGCCCUCAGACUCCCACAGGAAGUGCCAUUGUCCACUGCAAGGGCCAUCAACCCCUAACCACAGAGAUAGCUAUAGGAAAUCACAAGGCUGACAACAUUGCUAGACAAACAGCUCUCUCUCUUUUGACCCAGUUCCUAUGGGCAUCCUCACUGAAGAUACAACUCCCGAUUAUACCCCAGAUGAACAAAAACAAUAUAUGGCCCAUCCCAAUGCCCACACCAACGCAGGCUGGAUCAUGCUGGGUGCCCGACUGGCCCUCCCAAAUAGCCUAGUCCCUUCCCUACUAACAAAAAUUUGCAAAACCCUACACAUUGGGCCGGAGGCCACCUUCCGCUUCCUUGAGCUCAUUAUGUACCACCCCCACCUAUGACAACUGAUCACCAAAACACACCAACAAUGCACCACAUGUGCUGCAGUCAGUUCCCAAGGGAGAAUGAGGCACUCAUCAGAUGCGGGGCCAUCUCCCAGGUGAAGACUGGCAAAUAGAUUUCACUCACAUGCCAAAACACAAAAAAUUACGUUAUCUCCUUACUAUAAUUGACACCUUUACAGGGUGGAUAGAAGCCUCCCCCACCUUAUCUGAAGGGGCCUCCACAGUGGCUGAGAUCCUUCUUAAGGACGUGAUUCCCCACUUUGGUCUACCGAGAAGGAUACAGUCUGACAACGGGCCUUGCUUUCAUCUCAGCAAUCACCCAACAGGUCUCCAAAGCUUUAGGUAUUACUUGGAAACUCCACAUACCAUACCACCCCCAGUCCUCAGUUUCCCAGUUCGCAUUUCAUCAAAUGGUGGUCCGGCCCUAUUCCCGCAUUCCAACCUCAGAUCCCACAUACUAUGGCAUCACCCUUAUACCCGCAGGAAGCAGCCAGAUCAGAUCCGUGGCCCAUUAUCACCCAUAAGAGGUUGGAAUGUUAGCAUGUCCCUGGAAGGGGACAACCAUCUUGCCAGUGUGCCGGAAGAAACCUUGCCAGCGCGCGGGAAGAAACUGAAAGGCAACCAAUCACCGAGCGCCAGCACAACCCAGCGGAGAGCCCCAAGCAGUGCGCCAGAAGGAACUGAAGGUCAACCAAUCACUGAGCAACAGCACAACCUGGCACGAAAGAAAGACCCACCCGAACCUAAACCCGGAACUGCUGCAGCUUAAAAACCCUACCCCACCUUACCUGGGCAUGACUUUCCUGACUUCUCUCACUCCUUGAGUCACGGAACCUUCCCAGGAACCUUAGUUCCCAAUAAAGCCUUAAACGGUAAAAAAUUCUUU